AUGUCAGCUUCCGAGUUCAGGAUUCCAUACCAGCAAGUUUCUUCUUCACAGCCUACUGAGAAUGUAAAUCAGUUUAAGACCUGUCGAUGUGGGGAGGGAGACCCGAACUCCACAUCUGAAACUGGUGACAGCCCGCUGAUCUCUUGUCCUAGUUGCCAGGUCCUUAAGAGUGGACAUUUACUACUUUCAUCUAAAGGAAUUGGAUGGACAUCAUGGAAAAAGCGCUGGUUUAUUCUUACAAGGGCAUCCCUAGUGUUCUUCAGAAGUGACCCUAAUGUGCCCCCACCCAGAGGGGCUGAACCAAUUGUUACACUUGGUGGAAUCGACUUGAAUAGCUCCGGAAGUGUUGUUGUCAAAGAAGAAAGGAAACUUUUGACAGUGUUCUUUCCUGAUGGCCGUGAUGGAAUGAACUUUCACUCUGAAGGUACCAUACUUGCAGAAACCACAGAAGAUCUAAAUGAGUGGAGAAAUGCACUGGAGAGUGCUCUAGCACAGGCACCCAGCGUAGCAAUUACAAUGGGGCAAAAUCCAAUAUUCAGCACUGACGUAGCAGCAGAGCCUGCUGAAGCUGAAGCUGAACAGUCGGAGGACAGUUCUGUUAUUGGCAGACCUGCAGAAUUUGCACUAGUAGAUGCUGAUGGUAGUCCAUCAUUUCUGGAGAAGGCCCUGAAGUUCAUUGAAGAUCAUGGGGUCAAGGUAGAGGGUAUCCUGCGUCAGUCUGCUGAUGUUGAAGAAGUCAAACGCAGAAUUCGGGAUUAUGAAAAGGGAAGUGACAAGGCAAGAAGACUUGAUGAGAUAAAUAGGGUGAUAUAUGAAGUUUUCCCAGAACCAAAUCGACAAUUGUUGCAGAGGACUCUUAAGAUGAUGCAAAUUGUUGAGUCACACAAAGCUGUGAAUAGGAUGUCUCAAUCUGCUUUGGCAGCUUGCAUGGCACCACUCCUUCUUCGACCUCUUCUUCUCGGAGAAUGUGACAUAGACAAUGAAUUUAGUAUGGGAGGGGACAGUUCAUUCCAGCUACUUCAAGCUGCUGCGGCUGCAAAUCAUGCACAAGCUAUUGUUAUUAUUAUGAUGGAGGAAUUUGAUCAGAUAUUUGAUGACUUGGAAGAAGGUUCCUAUUCUUCAGAUGCUUAUACCGAGUCUGAGGAUGACGAUGUUGAUAAGGAAUAUUCCACAGAUAAUGACAUCCAUGAUGACGAUGGUUCUUAUGAUUCUGGUGAAGAUGACAUUGAAGAAGACUUGGACUACUCUGAUGACAGUGAACAUGAGAUCAACGCUAAUGUCAAGGAUGGCAAGGUUAAAAACAAUAUCUCAGAAACUGCAGAAGGUGCACAGGCAGAGGACAAUAGUCAAUCCAACCAAAAACAAGAAUCAUGUGGACCAAAUGGAUCCAAAGAUCGUAUACUAAGAUCAACUUCUCGUUCAUCGUCUUCAAGAGAAAAAUCUAUGGAGAAAUCAUGCAGUUCAGCACACAAGGGCAAAAAAACCUUAUGGGGCCGUACUUCAGCAAGAAAAGACCUGUCAACAGAGGAGAUUGAAUGCUGCAGCGAUGAUGAGACCCUUAUUGAGAAACUUGAGAGCAACAAGAUUGAUCUCCAAUCGAAAAUUGCAAAGGAGGCCAAAGAAAAUGCAAUCCUACAGUCAAGUCUAGAAAAGCGGAAAGAAGAACUACAUGAGCGCCGUUUAGCACUUGAAAAAGAAGUUGAAAAUUUGAGGGAUCAGCUGCAGAAGGAGAUAAAUUUGAAGACAUCCUUGGAGUCCGGGGUGAUGAAUUUGCGAAGAGGGCAGGUGUCCUUGCCGUCAACAAUAGACAGCAAGGUCAGCGGCCAGCAGCUGUGCUGUGAAUCAUGCAACAAACGGCUUGUAAAUACAGACAGGGUUGGCGGACCUGAAAGCUCAUCAGUGGAAGCGUCACCGACUGUUGGGAGUGAUUCUGCAUCUGACAUGGGUGAUAUUGAGCAGUCAAGGAAGCAAACUGCGCAGCAUUCGCCUUCUUCAACAGCCAAGCCAGGUCACGAGGCGGUCGGGAGCAUCAGCCAGAGGGCUCCUCAAAGAAGGCAAUCGAUUGCCAGGGAGGGCCAAGAUGGGUCGUCGUCAUCAUCCUCUAAUUCGAAGUGGAAUCUUGCGCAGAAACAAUAUUCAAAUAGCCCAUGGAUAAGAGGGCUUCAUGGAUCUAGCAGACUAGAGGAUUUCGGUGGAAGCAUACCACCAGCAGCAUCAACGGCAUUAGUAAAGCUGACAAACCGGCUCAACUUCCUGAAAGAACGGAGGGCGCUGCUGGCAAGCGAGAUGCAGAGCUUGGAUUUGGCUCGGCCCCCAGCUGCUGCUGCUGCUGCUCCAUCAGUCAAGUCCCCAACACCAAAAGGCCAUGAAAGGAAGAAGAGUUGA